AUGCGCCUGUCACUGCUCCAGCAGCUCCCAUCAGAGCUACUGAACCACCUCCUCUCCUGCCUCCCGCUCGACUCGCUCCUCGCACUCUCCUCAACCUCCCGCUCCUUCCAUGAGCUCAUCACCUCAACAACACUCCCACGGCUCGCUCGUACGGCAUACGGCUACUCUCCACGCACGAUCAAGCAUCUCGGCUUCCAUCAAAACGCGAGUUGGGUCCGACGGACGUUGUGGGCGAGGCAGGUUGCGAAGCGAUGGGACAACUGGGAGGCGAGGGGGUUCAUCGCUGGCGGGCCUGGAAGGGAAUUCAAGAAGUGCUUGCCGACGAUGAGGAUGUGGGAAGUUGAGCGGGGCGUCGAGGUGGUCCUCGUGGGAAAGGGACGCGACCUCGAGAUGUGGUUGACAAAAAGGGAUGGCGGAGUCGAAGUUGUACCGGUCUUGAUCGCGCCAGGUCGACAGCCGCGCAAAUCUGGGAACAUCGGCGGUCUCGAGGACGUCACCUCCCUCGCUCGCGGGACGAGACCAGGCGAGAUCCUCGUCUCGCGAGUUUCGGGUCGUCUUCAGCGACUUCGCGUCGUCCAGCACCCCUCGCACGGCUCGCCACUCGUACUGGAGGAGACGGCGCAGUACUCGGCGGAGACCGGAGCCGGACGAACGGGAGGCGGCGGAUUGAGCGGCUCGACAAGCAUUCAGGCGUUGCACUCGGAGGGCCCGCUUCUCGUCGCCGCGUCGACAAGUCGGACGCCGCCAUCAUCGCGUCCUGCAACUCCAUCAUCCGCCCCCAACUCCACCGCCUCGCUUGCCCACACGCUCAAAGAUCUGUCCACGUCCUCCUCGCACGCCGUCUCGCUCUAUUCGAUCGCUGCGCCAUGGCAACCGCCGAUAGUCCUCCCAUUCAACACAAGACCUUGGAGCGUCCACGUAGGGCCGUCGAAGCGCUGGCUAGCUGUGGGCCACAGCGGGACGAGCCCGCUCUCGCUCAUCCACCUCGACUCGACCGGCUCUCCCAUGCUCCCCUCAACUUCGCUCGCUCAUACGCCGCGGUCAACGGCUGUCUACGCUGUCACGACGCCGCCCGUCGACUCUUGCGGCUUUCUCAAUCCAGAACAAACCCUUCUCGCCGCCUUCUACGACUCGACGACUCGCAUCUACGAUCUUCGCGUUCCCCCUCCACCUUCAGACGUCGUCUCAGCAUGGGACCAGCCUCGCUUCGAGCGUCCUUCGAACGAGAUCAUGCGCCUCGCCGACCCGUGGUCCGACGAUCCCGCCUUCUCGCUCGCAGUCGGCGGCACAGCCGGCUCGUACGUCGCAGUCGGUACAGCGCGCAACGCCGCCAUCCGCCUCUUCGAUGUUCGCCAAGCCGCAUCCGGCGGGAUCACGGCUUUCGCGCCUGGGCGGGACCGCUCGCCUGUGUAUGGGCUUGAGAUGGAGGGGUCGAGGUUAUGGGGCGUCAGCGAGAAGAGGGGCUUCUGGCUUGACUUUGAUGCGUUUCUGGGCAAGGAUGACGGGGAGAGGGUCCCGUUCGUUGGGCAUGUAAAGGGCGAGGGAGGAGCGUUGAGGUGGAUGGGCGAGUGA